UGUUUCAUCUCGGACACUCACCAUCACGCGAGUCAGUUGAUUGGACAUGACGUAUUAUCGGCUGUUGCUUCAAGGCUUGCUGCUUUCUGUGGCAUUGGGGUGCAAUGCUCUGCCAGGCCGGAGUAGGAACUCAGUCGGCGCUGCGGUUCGACCACACCAUGAGUUGGCCUGGACAUCUCGUACACCAAGAACACAAACACUACGAAGGCAGUUUCCCGUGGCAGCUGCUGUUGCAUCCACCUCGCACUUGACAACGGGAAGGACGGCGUCCGGCGUAAUGGAGAAUUGUUUGGAGGCGUGCUUGACAACGAUGCAGUCUUUUAUCGGAGGCACCAUCAUGGGGUGUGUGAUCGGAGGGGUCAUGGGUGGAAGCUUUGGAAGAGUCCCGGAUGUGGGCUGGCUUAAAAGCGUGCAGACAAAAGCAGUCGAGAUGGGUGGCAACUGGGGGCAGUUGUCGGCCGCAUUUACCGGGUUCACAUCGAUAUCUACGGUCAUACGGGGAAGGAAUGACAAAUGGGACCAGGUGCUGGGGGCUUGUGGGGCUGGCGCCUUCUUGAACAGAGCCAAGGGGCCACAAGGCAUGGCACAAGGGGCCGCAACUUAUGGGCUUUUCUCACUCAUCUUUGCUUUGCCUUCAGGCCAGGAUGACGAGUUGGAUGUCGUCGAUAUCCCUGUAGACGCACCAAAGAAGAGGUGACGAGGUCCUGCACUUGUCGAUAACGUUCACAAAGGCUUUGCUAAGGACGGUUGAAUGACGUGGACCCGUGUGACCCUUGCGGCUGGUGCUCACCAUUAUGCUUACGUACAACAUGGCCUUUGUUGUGGUUGGAAAUUGCUUGUUGCUUUGGUGCGCAGUAUGUAGUCGCGACAGUAUCGCACACCUUCGUUUGUUGUUGACGUACGGAACGCCCGCGUCCGGUGCGGCUCGUUUUCUAGUAUCUGGUUGACUGUGCAAUGCGUUGAUGGCUGCGGAAACUUUGCAAUGUUACAGGAAGGUUGGGACUGUCGUGAGUACCGAAUGGCGGUAUACAACCCACCUUGAUCCGUGAGUUUAUUGGAUUUCAUGUAUGCGUAUGUUUGACUGCUAAAUACGGGGUCGUCGCGUUGUUGGUUGUUGGAUAAGCCUUUUGCGGCAUGUUCCCUUAAGGCGGCACUUGCCAGAUGGCUGCUGUAACUGAAUCUAAAAAGCCCGGGCGUCGCCUCUGCUUUGCCUACAGAAUGUAGAGACUGCAAGAGCAGAGGAAUGAACAGAUCACAAACAACACGUGGCGGUUUCUGGGUUGCGGGUUUCUGCAUAUUUUGCUUAUCGGCGUCAAAGUCGCACGGAAAAGCUCAACUUUCUCCAGCGUCCCGAACUUAAGCUUUUUGUCGUCCUAUCAUGUG